ACCAUCUCUGAGAGCUUAGAACCUAACCUAACAUAUAUCGAGAAAUCAUGGAUGAUACAAAUAUGAGCAAAAGAAUUUUGUCAGCGGAAAAUCUAGAACAGCAUUUUUUAAAACAUGAUAAUUCAAAGAAUUUUAUGUUAUUAUCUGAAGUACCGAAAUUAUGUUUCAAUGAGCCUUGUCUACUUGGAGUUGAUGAAGCAGGUAGAGGGCCGGUCUUAGGACCAAUGGUGUAUGGGAUCUGUUAUUGUCCAUUAAGCAAGGCAGAAAACAUCAAGGCCUUGGGAUGUGCUGAUUCUAAAAGUUUAACAGAAGAGAAGAGAGAACUUGUAUUUGAGAAACUCUGUAAAGAAACAGAAUAUGUUGGAUGGGCUGUGGAAGCCAUCGCCCCAAAUAGCAUAUGUAACAGUAUGUUACGAAGACAGAAGCAUUCAUUGAAUCAAGUAGCGCAGGAUUCAACAGUUGGACUGAUAACAAAAGCGAAAGACUCUGGAAUAAACAUUAGUGAAGUGUACAUCGAUACUGUUGGAAUUCCUGAAAAGUAUCAGGAAAAGCUAUCAGAAAUAUUUCCAGAAAUUAAGAUUACAGUUUCUAAGAAAGCUGAUGCUAUUUACCCAAUUGUAAGUGCAGCUAGUAUCUGCGCUAAAGUGUCCAGAGACAGAGCUCUGAAAGUAUGGACGUUUCAGGAGGGUCUUCAGGCAAUUGCACGUGAUUUUGGAAGUGGAUAUCCCAAUGAUCCUGUAACAAAGGCAUUCCUAAUGAAGGGCAUUGAUCCUGUGUUUGGAUAUCCCCGGUUGGUCAGAUUUAGCUGGUCAACAGCAGGAAAGAUUCUGCAAGAUCACGCUGCCCUUGUGGAGUGGGAGGAUGAGGAGGAAAGUGGUGCAAAUAGAAGUACAACCAUAACUUCAUUUUUCAAGCAAGUCAACUCCAACAAGCGGCAUAAAACAAAACAUGAAUUUUUUACAGAAAGAAACCUUGCAGUUUUGGAGUCACUGUGAUUUCAAUUGGAUUGUUUUGCAGUGAAAUGUGUAUUUCAGAAAAAAAUUUGAUAUGUCAAAAACUUUGAUGAGCAUAGAAUUCAUUCAGGACAGAAUCUGGAUUUCCACCAGCCUUGCAUAGUUUAAGUGUGUGUUGUGUUCAGAUUUCUACCCAUUUACAUUAAACUUCUGCAUAUCACUGUCAAUAACAAGUUAGAUAAGAACAUAAGAUUUAUAAAGUUACAAAUUAAACUUGCAUAAAUAAGAAACAUUUUUUACAAGUGCUUUUUCCACAAAGUCAACAUGUUAAGAGAAAUCUCAACAUAUAUGUACUGCACAGUUUGUAAUGUAGAAACAAAGUCAAGGCUGUCAGUUUGUGAAAAAUAUUUGAAUCAGUUGAGAAUAAAGAAAAUUACAUGUAAAACA